AUGUUGGAUUUCCAAGCCCUAAUCGCGUCGGCGCGCGUCACCCUCUUCGCAUCGGGGAACCAGCGCGGCGUCGCCUUCGACCCGGCCCGCGACAUACCGAGUCUCGCAGGCAAAGUCAUCCUCGUGACAGGCGGCGCCGGCGACCUGGGCAAGCAGGUAGCUAUCGAGUUCGCGCGCCACAAGCCGGCGCGCAUCUACAUCGCCGAUCUGCCCUGCGCCGACCACGGCGCCUCAGUCGUCCGCGGCAUCCGCGACGCCGUGGCCGACGAGCACUGCGCGCCUGUCACCUACCUGGAGAUCGACCUCGCGUCGUUCCAGUCGGUCAGCGCGGCCGCGGCACAGCUCCGUGCCGCCGAGGACCGGCUCGACAUUGCUGUGCUGAACGCCGGCAUCAUGCGCGUCCGGCCGGGCACGACGGCCGAGGGGUACGAGAUUGCUUUCGGCAUCAACUACCUUGGUCACGCGCUCUUGAUGAGGCUGCUGAUGCCGACGCUGCUGCGCACGGCCGAGUUGCCGGGCGCCGAUGUCCGCGUCGUGGCCGUGUCGAGCGAGGGCCAUGUUAUGGCGCCCAAGGGUGGUAUCUUGUUUGAUAAAUUGAAGGGGCCUUGCGAGGACAUUAAAUACUACCAACGCUACGGCCAGAGCAAAGUGGCCGUCAUCGGGUUCGCUCGCGAACUGGCCAAGCGGCAUCCCCAGAUCAGGGUGGUGGCUGUGCAUCCGGGCCGAAUCAUCACAGGCAUGGCCCGCGGUCUGCAGAAGGAGAGCCUCCUUUUCAGAGCCACAGCGCCCAUCUCCCCCAUCUUCUGCGUGUCUCCCGCUAUCGGCGUGAGGAACCACCUCUGGGCAGCCACGGCGCCCGGUGUAGAGAGCGGCAAGUACUAUGAGCCUGUGGGCGUCCCGGACAAGGAGACGGCCGUUGCCAAGGACCCGAGCUUGGCAACGAGGUUGUGGGAAUGGACGGAGAAAGAACUCGAGGGUGUCGCAUGA